AUGACGAAAACAUUCAAUGAGCCUGAUAUUACCUCUUUAAGCAGCCUUGGCGUUAGAAGUGGCUUUGAGUGCCUUUCUAUCGAUGAUCGUUUAUACUCUCAGCCCUCAGCUAUCGGCGAAGACAGAGUAUACGCAAGCGCAAGUAAUACGCCAACAAAGUCCCCUCACUUGCGCGGUGCGAGAAGGCAUAAACUGUCACUUACUGCUCCAUUAUUUGGAGCCUGGUUGACAUCGCCUUCGAGUUUUGACUCAUGGAAUCCUCUGAAGACAGCGUGGGAUCGUCGGCAUCACAAUGAAUCAAAAAACCCGCCGAAAUCAUCGGUAUGCGAUUAUAUCGACUCCGACUCUAUUUGGAAAAGCACGAUAGAUGGCUCAUCAACUGAUUCAGUCGCUGGGGAGUCCGUAUUCAAAAAUUCAGAACAAUUUCAUAUUCACGAAGAGCCAUCUAUUCCCGAAACAACGCGACUCGGUACCGCUUGGCCUUCUAUUAAGUUACUAGGAUCCAAAUCUCAAGUGGAGUCCCAUGUCAAGACAGACGGCCCAUUAAGAAAAAGUCGACUUGGCCGUUUCAAGUUUCCCAAAAGACCGAAUACCGAAGUGACAUUGAAUCCUCUCCCUUCAACCAGGUCAACUUCUCAAGGACCCCUAGAAGUUAAAAUCAAAGAGGAGUUCAAAGAUGAUUUCAAUGCCGGUGCCUCUGAUAUCAGCGCUGCUCUACCUAUAUACGUUUCCAGCCACAGCUUAGAACUUGUGGAGAAGUCAUCUCUUGAGAUGGUUAAUCUUGCGAAGCAGGAAGAUGUCGGCGAUGAUGACGAUAUCUUUCGCACCCUACCCAAUAAAUUUCUAGCCCAGAUCUUUUCUGACGAAGAUCAUUCCGACUUUGGAGUUAGAAAUCAUUCUUCGGGGAAGGGAGUGAAGGGGAAAGGAACAGUUCCACCAGUCAAGUCUGGGGAAAGCUCAAGGUUGACUCAGGGGUAUAGUAAAAGUCCGAGCACUAAUGGUAGAAAGCGAAAAUGUUUGAAUUCUGAGGAUGGAAAUGAAGAGGAAGACGAGGAUAACAUCAGAGAUAUAAAGAAGGAAAAACUACAAACAACAUGGCCGCCGCAACUUUGUCCAGUCUUCGUGGCCAACCCUUCUCACCCGGACUUUCGUCCAGAUGGGAAGUUCAGCUUAUGCUCAAAGCAUGUUCCAAAGAUCCCCCAACACAUGAAACGGUACCAUAUAAAGCCAGCACAGUGCAAUAACUGUGGUUUCCGAGGAGAUGCAGGGCAGGUUAAGGAUCAUGAGGAAACAACCUCUUGUCAGAGGAAGUUGUUCGAUCCAGUUCCUCCCGCAGAUAAGGAGAAAGAAAAUCUUUUGAAAAAGAAAAGAGGUUCUCCUUGGUGUGAGGUGUUUAAAAUACAAAUGGGUUCUGAUGUGUCAAGCUACUCGGAAGCGGCAAAAUAUGUCGCUUGUCGGGAGGCCAGUUCGGACUUUUCCAGGUCUUUUGCGAAUCACUUGAAGCCGAAAUGGGAAUCGAUAAUUAAAAACUACUACGAGUCAUCUGAUUACCAAAUGUUCUCUGAAAAGCAUCCAGGUGUGAAUUUUGGUCCAAAUAACCCAUCCAGGCCAAGGUCGAAGAUCGAGAACAUCUUUGUAGAAGGGUUCCUAUUCCCCGGCCGCCCUCCCCGAGCAUUUGAAACCCCGACAAUAACGCCAAAAAUAACACCACCAACAACAACAGCAGCAGCAGCAGCAGAUAACUACCCCACACCGGUGUCCGAAAGCUCACCCGAAAAAGGAGGAACAUCGCCUUCGUCCCAGGCCAGUCCAAGCAGUCCACAAAGAGAUGACAUGCCUCAGACUGCUCCUCAGCUCCCAGCUCCCGUUCAGACGGUAGAUGUUCAGUCAAAUUGCUUAGCAGCCCAAGACCUGUCUCCGAUAUCUUGGUUUGAUUCUCCACAAAGAUAUAAUUCCUCAAUAAAUAAUAAACCUCCCCCGGCCCUGGCUGCCCACCAAACCUCCGCUGAGCACUUUAUGUCAUUUGAUCAUGAACGACUCUCCGCUUCCAACAUGCCUGGUACCGUCGAGAGAAAGGACUCAUCCCAAUCUUCCGCACAGUAUCCCGUCGAAUCUACCUUUCGGGUUUCGUCCCAACAGCCAGAUCGUUAUAACGUCCCAAUGAGCGGUAUGCCAGCAACUACCUCUCAUCCUUCACCGAUGGCACUUGAUGGGUCCGUCAGUAAUGAACUCCCCUCAGUUCAUGGUGAACUGAAUACAAGAUCCCUUGCAAAUGUUGACGGCGCUCGAUAUUUGGCCACUCCUCCUGGAUUGGGUGAUUGCUCGCCAGUUUAUUCUCAGGGGCUUAGCCAACCUGAAUUAUUUUCCGGUUUCGGCGAUGCGUCCGUGGCAAUCGGCCCCUAUGCAUCUGAUGCGUCGAAGAGAGCACCUUCAACAUGUGUGGCCCACAAGGCUUUCACCCAGACGUAUGCAAAUCCGCAUGACAUGUAUAGCUACCCUCUAAAAGACCAGGUACCGCCAGAAUCAUCUCAUUAUCAACAAACUCUCCUACUUCCCAACGGACAACCCUCGAUCUUACCUCCAGCUCUUGGUUAUGAUUUCAGCACACCUUCAGAAAGCUCUUUCAAGCAUCAAGCAGCCCCUAAACCAGUGGCGUACGAGCAAUCGGGUCUAAGUUGCCUCUACUGUGUUUUGGACGCUUCAGACGGGCAUUCAGCGGCUUUCAAUGGCCAUGCCAAAGAAUGGGAUUCCCACCAGGUCGACACACAAAAGUUUGGCGUAUCGGUGCCGGAGGGUACUGUCGGUAUUCAGAAAAACAUAUGUAAAUACACGCAUGGUGAUUUCCUGACUAGCAUGGCUUCUUUAAAUUCUGCGGAAUCUCAAUGCUCGGUCGCCGGUAUUGAAAGUUGUUCAAACGGAAAUACGGGUUCCUUACCAGGUUUGGGUUGCGCGGAGAGCGGAAUCCAGUACCUUUACAAGAAUGGUGAGACAGCUGGUCAGGAAAACAGCAUCGAAGCCGACAAUUGGGAUGAUUGGUACGACGGCGCAGGGGAGAUCGCUUGA